UCCUGCUGUAUUUUACCUACGUUAUCUUCUUCCCUUUAUUGAUUUUCUCCUGCCACAGGCAUUGAACGUGAAAUCGCAUCUUUACAAAUGGAGGAGAGGAGAUUAGUGGCAGAGAUCAAGAAAACUGCUAAAACAGGAAAUGAGGCUGCAACUAAAAUCUUAGCUCGUCAAUUAGUUCGCCUUCGGCAGCAAAUCACAAACUUGCAAGGGAGCCGUGCUCAGAUUAGAGGCGUGGCAACUCAUACACAGGCCUUGUAUGCUAGUACUUCAAUUUCUACUGGCAUGAAAGGAGCAACCAAAGCUAUGUCUGCUAUGAACAAGCAAAUGCAACCUGUAAAACAAACUAAAAUGAUCAGAGAAUUCCAGCAACAGGCAGCGCAGCUGGACAUGACGAUUGAAAUGAUGUCUGAUGCAAUUGACGAGACACUAGACAAAGACGAGGCUGAAGAAGAAACCGAAGAACUUACUAACCAGGUCCUUGAUGAGAUCGGCGUUGACAUUGCUUCACAGCUAUCUUCAGCUCCAAAGGGGCGGAUUGCAUCUAAGAAAGUCGAGAACGCUGCCCCUAGUGCUUCUGUGUCGACUGAUGUCGAGGACCUCGAGAAAAGGCUGGCAUCUCUUCGACGAAUAGAGUGAUGUAUAAUCAUCCAUAGGUUAUAUAUGUAUACAUAAAUCACUAUUAUAUCAAAUACUUGAGCUGGAUAAAAGACUUUUUACUCUU